AUGAAUGGUCAAGAUUACGAUGAAAGCUCUUCUCCUGCGGCUGCUACCAGUAGUUCUGCUUCUGGAGAUCCACGAAUGGGUAAGAAACAACGGUUUAUGAACCUCAUAAGAACCACAAAGGAUGUCUAUAUUCCCAACUUGACGUCAUCCAUAUCUCAAAAGACGAUGGAUGGCAUUAGGAGCACUACGAAUUCCUUCGAAGGUUACAAUGAUUCGCCUGUGCAAUUGCCGCAUAAUACUAUGAUAACGUAUUUCCCAACUUAUACCACAACUAACUUAGUUAACUCUGACGGUUUAAGUGCUCCCCGUAAAGAUUUCGAAACUACUGUCAGAUGUGCUGUUUCUUAUCCAGGGAACCCUGCGAGCAGAAGAAAUAGGUGGUUGCUUUCUCUCUGCAAACAAUAUCUUAGGACGGGGACCGUGGAGGCCGAUGCUACACCUGUCGCUCCCCCUCAUCUCGAAGAGGAUUCUGGAGAUUUAACCGAUUCCCAGUCAAGUAUAGAGAGUUCAUUGUCUUCAAAGAGCGAGAAUAGGUAUUUACAUAUGGGAAUUCAAGAGGAAGAUAUUUUAAAUGAAAGAAUUCAAGGAUUUUUGUCGAAGAAAGUUCCUAAUACUCCAAUAGUGGUAGAUCUCUUGCCCAAAGAUAGGCUUGGUGGGGAUACGGCUUCCUUUUUUGGUACCACGGACUCUUAUGGUAAUUUAUUAAUCAAGGCAGAAACAGAUUUUUUACCUUCUAAGAUCAAUAUUACAUUGGACGCCCCUACAGAAGGUCGUGCAGAUCCCAUAUCCGAAACCUUUCCGGUUAAUUAUGUUUCGCCCUACGGUAUUGGUUUAAUUAGUGAUAUUGAUGACACCAUCAAGCAUACUGGCGUUACGGGUGACAGGAGAUCGAUGUUUCGUAACGUAUUUAUCCAUGACGUAAAAUCGUGGGUAGUAGAUGGUGUUCCUCUUUGGUACAAGACUUUACAUGACGUUGCAGAUGUUGAUUUCUUUUAUGUUUCCAACUCUCCUAUUCAAACUUUUCCUCUUCUGAAAGAAUAUAUUUGCACAAAUUUCCCUCCAGGUCCAAUUUUUUUGAAACAAUAUUCUGGCAAUUUUUUUUCCACUAUAAUGACUUCAAGUGCAAAUAGAAAAAUUCAGCCAAUAACUAAUAUAUUAAGGGAUUUUCCCAAAAAAAAGUUUAUUCUGGUUGGUGAUUCUGGUGAACAUGAUUUAGAAGCGUAUACCACUACUGCUUUACAAUUUCCGAAUCAGAUUCUGGCUAUUUAUAUAAGAUGCUGCUCCAAUUCCAUGAGUGAUGUCCCAUCGCAUGAUGAAGAAGUUAUGAAGGAAGUGAACAAUAUUAUCGAAUUGCAACAGCAACCGAUGCAAAUAACCAAAUCUACCGCACGUACCAGGAGAAGACCUCCGCCACCUCCCAUUCCUUCCACCCAAAAGCCAUUGCUGACAGAAGAGCAAACCGAAAGUAUAAGACUAUCACGCCGCAAUAAAGAUGAGAAUAAUACUAAAGGAGUUGUGCCCCCACCGUUACCGAAGAGACAGUUACCUAGCCUAGACACCGAUACCUACUAUGUUCCAUCUUCACAAAAUGACUAUGGCAUGUAUGGUGCAUUUAUGGAUAAAAAGGCAGACGAAUGGAAGAGGAGAGUGAUGGACUCAAUUCAAAAAUUGAGCAAUCAAGACACUACAUUGAUGUUCUUUUCGGAUCCAGCAUUAAGUUUGGAAGAUAGUAUCCGCAGAAUUAGGGAAAAGUAUUCAAACUAA